AUGGACACCAAUAAUCCCACUCCCACGGCUUCUACUUCCUCCUCUUCAUCCUCUUCCACUUCUGUGCCAGCUGAGAAACCUAAGAAAUUCAAGUUGGAUCCCAUGUCCUUACUACUUCCACACGAAAGACCUAAACCUCAGACACAACCACAAUCACAUUCACAGCCUAUACAAAAUAGACUUCCUCAACCCAACAGUGGCGCUGGCGGUGGUCUAGGACUGACGAAUCCAGGCUAUAUGGCAAUGAUGAAACAACAGCAGCAGCAACAACAACAAGCUGGACCGAGUAGAUUACCUAAUCAAGGUUCCUCAAGUGGUGGGGUCGAUCCCAGACAAACCGUCUCUAUGGGUGAACAAAGUGGCAGAAAAGGUGAUGGGACACCCACAACAGUGACAGGUCCCGGGAAACAAGAUGCAAAUCUGGAAGAUAGGGCUAACCCUGUCAAUUCUUCUUAUCUAGGUCAAGCGUAUCUACAAUCUCAAAUAUCAGCACAAACACUUCCCAUCUCCCCACCUGCGUCAUUAAUGUCAACGCCUCCACCUGUACAGUGGGAUUCAUCGUCCAUGUCUUCCACGCCAUAUUCUAUUGACGGACUUUCAUCUAUAUCUUCUCAAUACUCGCAUGGCCCGGCAUACUACCCUUUGAGAGGGAGUAAAGUUCGACUUGAAGAUUGGGAAAUUGUUGAGACUCUAGGUACUGGUACGUUUGGACGAGUAUUACUUGUUCGACAAAGACCUUCUUAUCGACCGACACCAUAUCAUCCUAUCUUCCCACAUUUAUUCCAAUCUCUUGAUCCACUUUCACCCAGUCCAUCCUCAACACAACAAUCAGAUAAUCAAUUACCACAUUUCGCAAUGAAAGUGUUGAAAAAAUCUGAAAUCGUAAGAUUGAAACAAGUCGAGCAUAUCAAUAGUGAACGAUCAAUAUUAGAAAGAAUAAGGCAUCCUUUCGUUGUUGAACUGUACGCAAACUAUCAAGAUCAAUUAAACGUUUACAUGUUGUUAUCAUACAUCCCAGGAGGAGAAUUGUUCUCUCAUUUAAGAAGAGCAGGAAGGUUUUCAGCAGAUGUAACGAGAUUUUAUCUAGCCUCGAUCAUCUUAGCAAUCGAAUAUCUACAUUCCCACAAUAUCAUUUAUCGUGACUUGAAACCUGAAAACCUAUUAUUGGAUAGACACGGAUAUUUGAGAAUAGCAGAUUUUGGAUUCGCUAAAAUAGUCGAAGACAGAACAUUCACUUUGUGUGGUACACCAGAAUACUUGGCGCCGGAAAUCGUACUUUCACAAGGUCAUGGGAAAGCUGUUGAUUGGUGGGCAUUAGGUAUAUUAGCUUUCGAAAUGUUAGCUGGAUAUCCACCUUUCUUCGAUGAUCAUCCUUUAGGUAUCUAUGAGAAAAUCCUAAGAGGUGACGUAGCUUUCCCAAGUCAUAUCGAUCCUUAUGCCAAAGACUUGAUUAGAGGUCUAUUGACUGCGGAUAGAAGUGAAAGGUUAGGAAACUUGAGAGGUGGCGCAAAAGAUGUCAUGUCACAUGCUUGGUUCGCAGGUGUAGAUUGGAGAACUUUGGAAAGAAAAGAAAUUGGUGCUCCUAUAGUUCCAAGGGUAGCUAGUAUGGGCGACUCACAAAACUUUCAACGUUAUCCACCACCUAGACCACAUGAAUUACCGGGAAUAUUCGGUCAACCGUACGAUAUAACAACAGAUCAAUAUGGUGAUUUAUUCCAAGAAUUCAGUUUCCCGUCAAUGUCGAGUACUGGAUCAAUGGGAGAGAAAGGUUCUCCCUUAAUGGGAGAUCUGAGAUAA